AUGGCAGCUUUCCAUUCUCGAUCAAACAGUUUUCCAUCGUCCCAUCCAUCGAUUGAAGAUGUCGAAGCACAAUUGUGCAGAUUGAGGUCCUCAGAAGCCACAUCAACAUCUGCCAGCUCUGUCUGCGCAAACUUGGCCAAUCUUGGAAGCUUACAUGAGAGCAUCAAGGAUCUAAUUCAGAUGUCUUCAAUCCAACAAGUUCUCUCCCACCAGCAAGGUCAGAAUCAGAUAAACGAACUGCUCGAGGGAUCAAUCAAGCUGGUAGAUCUCUGUGAGUUUUCUAGAGAAGCUCUGUGUUUGACCAAGGAAUCUGUUCAAGAUCUUGAAUCCGCAAUCAGGAGGAAUAAAGGCGAAUCAAUUGACAUCAGUUCUUACAUUGCCUCAAGAAACAAGAUCAAGAAGAUGAUCCAUAAGUACAUCAAGAAUUUGAAGAGCUGCACCGGCCUAGACUCUGAUCUAAAACCAGUUGGGACAAUGCUGAAAGAAGCAGAAGGCAUUGAUUUUUCGGUCCUAAAAUCCGUGCUGAUCCUCUUGUCCGGUGAAAGGGAAAGAUCCAAUGGGAAAAGUUGGUCAUUCCUAUCGAAGUUCAACAAAACCAGCCAAGUCCAUUCGGAGCGGGCCAAGCAAGAAAGUGGCGUUGAGGACUUGUGUUCCUUGAACAUCCACCAGUCGCAGAAAAAAAUCGACAACAUCACCAUGCAAAACAUGUUGAAGCAGCUAAAAGCAACAGAACUUAUCGUGCAAGAACUUGAAGAGGGCGUCGAGGCUCUGUUUAGGAGUCUAGUCAAAACUAGAGUCUCUCUUCUUAAUAUGAUCAGCCAUUAG